UCUGAGAUCUCGCGUGUGUGGUGACACACUCCUGCGAGGUCAUCGUGUCCCUGACUGUAGGAGUUCAGUGUUUGGGUCUUCAUGUUUGUGCUGUCGACUCUUUGCGAAGUGUGCAGUGUGUCUGCCGAUGUAUGGCUCUCAUUUUGACUGUUUGACCCAAUUCUGGGACUGUUUGUCGCUGCAUGCCCCAGAAUGGAGAGAGAUCCUCAGGAUUUGGGAGAUGACCAUCAUGAAGAAAGAUUUCAGCUGUGUGAAGUGGAACUGGCGCAGCUGCAGCUAACCCAAAAGGAGCCGGAGGAGGGAGAGGUGUUGUCAGGCUUGAGCCAGCGGCGCCUACUGUCUGCAGUCGCAAUGGAAGAGUUUGAGUUCCCUGCCAGCAUUCAUCUACAAAAGAUGCCCCUCUUCCCUAAGUGGCACCUCCCUCUCAAACUCAUGGCUGUUCUCAUGGCUGUGGCUUUUGUCUAUACUUUCCUGCGGGAUGUGCUACAGCCAUAUGUAUCUAUGGGUAAAAACGACUUCUACAAGAUCCCCAUCCUGGUGCUGAAUAAAGUGCUGCCCUGGACCUCUAUCACUCUACUGGCCCUCGUAUAUCUGCCUGGUAUACUGGCUGCCCUGCUCCAACUCCACAGAGGCACUAAAUACAGUCGUUUCCCUGUCUGGUUGGAAAACUGGAUGAGUGUAAGGAAACAGUUAGGAUUGCUGGCCUUCCUGUUGGCCUGUCUGCAUGCCAUUUACAGCUUGAGCUACCCAAUGAGACGCUCUUAUAGGUACAAGCUUCUCAACUGGGCCUAUCAGCAGGUGCAACAAAAGAAGGAGAGUGCAUGGGUCGAGGAUGAUGUCUGGAGGAUGGAGAUUUACAUCUCUCUAGGAAUUCUAGGAUUGGGCAUACUGGCCUUGCUGGCCAUCUCCUCCCUCCCCUCUGUUAGUGACAUGCUAAACUGGAGAGAGUUUCAGUGUAUCCAGAGGACUCUGGGAUACACAGCCCUGUUCCUGUGCACGGCUCAUGCUCUGGUGUACGGCUGGAAGAAGUGGGUGGAACUGAAGCAGUAUGUGUGGUACACUCCUCCAUCAUUCAUUCUGGCCUCUUUCCUCCCAGCUAUGGUGUUACUGGUCAAGGCUGUGCUGGUCAUGCCCUGUUUGGACAAGAGACUGGAUCGCAUUCGACAUGGCUGGGAAAGACCAGGCCGAAAGGGGCUUUCAGACAAAGACUCACUCUGAAUUUUUAUGUUACAUAAAGUCCAAAAUAUAGGUUGGAUUUUGAGUAUGUUUGCUGCCAAUUUUGUUGAGUAUGAUUUAAAAUCUGUAACUUCUGUUUUGCAAAAGUGGAUUUUUUUCAUAUUUGAUAUGUUUUCUAGUUGCUUGUGUCAUGCCAUUUAAAUGCUGAUGUGAUUAGAUGUCAAUAUUAUUGACCUCUCUUAUUGUUUUACAACAGUUUACAAACCAUACAAACUAAGGUUUAUGAUUUGCAUGUUCAUUGUAAUUCACUGUUAAAAUUCACUGUUAAAAUUCACACAUCUUAAAUACAUAUUCUCUGAAAAAAG